UGCUGAUCGGACUUCCCUUCACUCUGCAACAAACAGUGGGCAAGUACAUCACCGAGCUCCAGGUGUCUCUGGAUGAAGCUGAAGAGGCGUAUCUUAGCAGUCAAGGUUUCAGCAAAAUCGAUGUUGAUCUGAACAAAGGAGCUGAAGGAAAAUACAUCUACCUUUGGUACAAAACAGGCAGCAGCUCACCAAUCACCAGGAUUCAGCUUACAUUCAAUGGUGGCAUGAGCAGGGGUCUGAUCACUGCAGGUUACCAGAAGAUUGACAAGAACCUCAAUGCCGGAACGAGCGGAGACAACAUCUACCUGUGGUACUACAGAGGUAACUCAGAGUACGAUGUUCCCAUUGUGAACCUUCAUGUCUCUAUAGAUGCAAGGGUGGAAGCCCUGAUGUUCGCACUUGGAUGGGAGAGACUGGCCUGUGAUCUGAACCGGAAAGCUAGAGGAAAAUGGAUCUACCUGUGGGUGAAGAGGGAGAGACCAACCUACAUCUGUGACAUCGCUGCCAAUGCUGACUAUGAUAGAGACGCUGACUACUUCCGGAACGGCUACAUCAGAGUGGACGAAGAUACCAACAGAGGUGCAGGAGGAUCCUUUGUCUUCAUCUGGUACCGUCAGACCAAUAACUCUCAAAGAGCCAUCACAGAUCUGCAGCUCUCCACUAACGAUAGAGAGAAGAUGUUGUUUCCCUAUAUGGGCUUUACAAGGGUAACUACUGAUCUAAGCAAGGGGGCAGGAGGAAGUUCUGUGUACCUGUGGUACAGGAAAGACUCCGGUCGUCCCAUUCGGGCGGUCUCUGUGAUCGUCAACACAGCAGCUGUGGAGGUGUACAGCAUUCCCUGGGUCUUCAUUAGACAAAAAAACCUCAACAGUGGGAACAACGGUAAUACACUGUACCUGGCCUUCAGUUCGUUUUAGUAACAGAGCUGGGAAU